UCAGACGCUUCAGCUUAUCCCAUUUCCAUUUCUCUGAGAAAACCCUAACAAAUCCUACUCUCUUCUUCUCUUCCUCCGCCACCGCCGCCGCCGUUACUCAACGGUGGUGAUCUUUCUCAGACGGUCAAAUCGAUCCUCUUUCAUCGAUAAUCUACAACAUGGCCGCCACUGCUUCCUCCGAAGCUUCUGAAGGACCAGUGAUGGGACUCAUCAACAAGCGUCUCCGUGCUCUCCGUAAGAAACUCAACAGAAUCACUCAGAUGGAAGAAUCUGUUUCCCAAGGCAAAACCCUAAACAAGGAGCAAGAGGAAGUCCUCCGCUCGAAACCAGCUGUUGUCGUCCUUAUUGAAGAGCUUGAGAAGCUUCGCGCUCCUCUCUCCGCCGCUGUCUCUGAGGAAAUCAGUCUCGCUACUAAGCAUCACCGUGAUUCGUCCGAUCCAACCACAGCGUCUGAGCAAAAGGAAAUCGAAGUCUGUGACCCUCCUCAGGGAGUUAGCGGCAGCGAUGAUGGGGCUAAGUUGGAGGAUCUGGUGAAUCUCUUGUACUUUGGUUCACUCUUCGAUGUGAAAUCCCAGAACGAGUUCACUUCGAUAAUGUUGACUAGGACUCACGAGAGAGGGUGCUGUUUGUCUUACGAUUACGUUGCUGAUGAUGCCACUGAUCUGCUCGGAGAUCGGGAUUUGGAUUCUAUUUCUCAGCUAUGGAGUCUGAUGGUAUCUCGCCCUAUGGAUUCAAGCUUAUCUCACAAGAACGCUUUGGAGCGCUGCGUUGAGCACGCAAAGCAAUGGUUAGCUAAUUCGGAGCAGCCAAUCGAAUCGAACUGCAACAUUUCAUAUGCUGCAUUGAGAGAGAAGUUGAAGAAGAUUAUGGCGUCUGACUACUUCACUACUACGCCAGAGAUGAAAGCUCCGGUUGACGUGGCGGCUGCAGUUGGGAACUACACUUCUUACCAGGUACCUGUGGACAUUGAAGCUUCAGCUGGGCACUACCUGCAAAAGGAAGAAGACGCAUCAAACAGCAAAGAACAAGAAUCUGUUAUGAUUGAGCAAUCUCUACAAGAUGAGCAUCAAAAGGUUGAGUCAGUGAUGGAAGGAGAGGUGGUCCAUGGACAACAAGAACAAGCUUUUACUCAGGUGGAAGGAAAGAAUGCUAAGAGAGACUUUGUGCCUCGUGGAUCCAACCAGAACCAGAGAGGUCGUCGAGGUGGUCGAAGAGGUGGUGGUGGCUACCAGAAUGGACGGGGAGGUCGAGGUGGUGGUGGUGGAUACCAGAAUGGGCGGUAUGAAUCGUACGACCAAUCCGGUGGAAAUGGUUACCAAAGGAACUACUACAACAAUAGAGGAAGGGGACGUGCUGGUAAUGGUGGAGGAAAUGGCCAUUACAACCAAGACUCUAAUGUUACUGCUGCGUCUUAACUUCUGCACCUCUGGCUUUUGAGUGCGCCUCUUUCGUUAUUUUGCGUUUAUGCUAUAACUCAUAUAAGCCUAAUCUCGUGUUUGAAAUGUUUGACAAUUGCUCGGUUUUUGUUAUGACCUUUUCGUUUAUCGUGGCCAUCAAUUUUACCUCCGA